AUGCCACCGCUGGAAGAGUUGCCUCAAGAUCCGGACCAGAAUGAGGAGGGCGCAGAACCUGUCGACGUCUUCGAGUUCCUGGUAGACGAGGCUCAGCCUGGCACAGCAGAAGCUGUACAUCAGCCUGAAUGUGAUGAAGACGAUGAGCCGGCGCCGGUGCCUUAUCCUGAUGAUGCUGUACACGAGCGUGACUUCAAUUCUGACUCCGGAAUCUUCAUGGACGAGGCCUCACUCUUUCGUGGAAAGCUAUCUGGACAUGGCCACAUCCAUGCUGCCUCAGAGGAUGAGUACACCAGAGAUGUUCAUACGACUUUGGAGUACCCCCCGGUUCCACGUCCACAAUAUAGGACACCACAUCCGGAUGAGCUGUACCAGGCCGAUGCUCGCGGUCGACGACCAUUCGAGGCUGCGUAUGUAGAGUCGCCUGCACAAACCUACUGGACACCGCCUCCUUCUGUCUUCACCGAGGCAGGCGCAUUUCCAACCAGACACGAUCAAUUGGCGGCCCAAUACGCGGAUAUGGAUAGGCCGCCACUAUUCAGGAUGUUCCGGAAGGUCAAAUAUAGAAUUCUGCUCUACUUGCAAGAUCAGAUCAUGAACCUCGAGAAUGAACUCGACAGGCUGGAAAGCUACUGUCAAUCUCGCCGCCACAGCGUCGACAGCAUGGCUCCAGAAGCGGUGCAUGACCCUGACCGGGCGCCCCCGUACUAUGGCUUCGAUGCUCAUGCAGCCAAGGUCGACCUAAUGCACCGGCUGCAAGUGGUCAUGGAUCAAUAUUACAAGACUCUGAGCGACAUUGAAAGGUGGCAGGAAAGAGGGCCGACCUCUGUUGACCCUGCAGACGUCAAAGCAUUCAAAGCACAGCUCAUGCGUCAGGGCAAGGACUACAACGCUGCCCAUACCACUUCUCGACUGCGAUUCUUGGAUGAACCUGAGGAUUUGAUCAGACUUGGCCGCGCGCCACAACAACCACCUCACUUGCCCCUAGCGUUGUUCCUCCUCCCGAUCAUCGGCAAGGUUGGGUUUCGUAGAAAGACUGGUCAUCAUUGGGCUCACGCUCGCAUUCUCUUUAUUCUCGACCACCAAGGAAAACUUAAUGAGAAGCAUUGGGAUGACAACGGGUGA